AUGCUCGUAUCAACAUUCGAAAUGAGAGAAAAUUAUUUUGACUUUGCUAAGCGAGUAAAACUGAUAGACAAGAAGGAUUCGAUGAGAAGGAAGACAAAGUCUGAGGAUCCAGACUCAAGACAAUCUCUGGAUGUUUUCAAGAAGGACUAAUCUGAAUAGCUUCACGAUGAGUACAACGAACUAGUAGAGAGACACUAGUCCAUGAAGCAAUAUAAGAUGACUCUAAACGAUUUUGAGGUUGUAAAGGUCUUAGGAAGAGGAGGAUACGGCAAGGUCUUCCUUGUUAAUCGGAAAUCGGAUAAGAAAGUAUUUGCCAUGAAAGUCAUUAAGAAGGACAGAGUCAAAAACCCCAAAUAGAUCACAAGGACUAAGACUGAAAGAUACAUACUUGAGAAACUAGAACACCCGUUCUUAAUGCACUUGAAAUAUGCAUACACUACAAAGGACAAACUUUUCAUGAUAAUCAAUUACUGUCCUGGUGGAGAACUUUUUUACCAUUUGCAACGAAUGGACUUCGGGUUAAGUAAGGAACACGUAAGCGAUAGGACAGAUAGUUUCUGCGGUACUGCAGAGUACAUGGCACCUGAAGUCAUCCUGAAGAAACCAUACACUAAAUCUGUAGACUGGUGGAGUCUUGGUGCGCUUAUGUAUGAGAUGCUUCACGGGUUGCCACCAUUUUACACAAAUAAGAGAGAGAAAACAUUUGGUUUAAUAGUUAAUAAUGAUUUUGUAUUCACGAAUAUAUUAAGUCAAAAUGCAAUGGAUCUAAUAACAAGGCUUUUGACUAAGAAUGCUGAGAAAAGAAUCGGCAACAGCGACUUGGAUGCAGAGGAAAUCAAACAACAUCCAUUCUUCAAUGGUAUUGAUUGGGACCUUCUAUUCUAGAGAAGGAUUUCUCCACCAUUUGUCCCUGAUCCUAAAAAGGCUGAUCAGCUUAAGUAUUUUUCUUAGGAGUUUACAGAUAUGGCUAUUGAAAAAGAUGAUUAACUUAAAUUCUCCUAGAAUUCAAUUGGUGGUACAGGAACUGGUGGAGGUGGAGCAGGGGAAGAUAGCUCAAAUCAAAGACAAAGUGAGUGGUCUGGCUUCAGCUACUAGGGUUCAGUCAAUGACUCCUCUAUGAAGAUUAAAGUAUCAUAAAUUUGA